AUGAACAUGAGGGACUUCUACAAGAGUCUGUGUUUUUUACUGGGCUUUUUCUCAGUUCAAACGAAGGCAGAGAAAGAAGUGAACGUAGCAACAUGGGGAACAGCCAAUCAGUCAACAUUAUAUUAUGACUGGUAUGCCGAAAAUGCUCUGGAUGGGUCGAACUACACCUGUAGCAGUACUAUGUGGGAAAGUGACCCGUGGUGGAGACUGGACCUGAUGAAGACGUACAGCGUGAACAGAGUGACCAUCACUGACGUACCCGACUGCUGUGUAAAUGGAGCAGAGAUUCGGGUUGGAAAUGUUUCUUCAAAUGUUUCCAGUAACCCUGUAUGUGCUGUAGUUUCUAAUAUCCCAGCAGGAGCUACCUACAGCUACUCGUGUGAUGGGAUGGAGGGACGUUAUAUCACUGUUAAUAUUCCUGGAGAUUCACAACAGUAUCUCACUGUCUGUGAAGUGGGAGUCUAUGUGAUUUUUCCAGGUAAUUUGGCAACAGAAAGAAACGUCACACAAUCAUCAACCAAUGGCAGCUUGAUCUCUGAACAGGCCAUUGAUUUCAAUCCAGGAUUCACACAACCAUGGUCAGCAUGUUUCUCAACCAAUGUUCAGACUAACCCAUGGUGGAGGUUGGAUCUGAGUUUUAUUUACAGAGUAAGUAUAGUCGUAAUCACAAACAGACUAGACUGCUGUCCUGAACGAAUAAAUGGAGCGGAGAUUCGAAUUGGAAACUCUUUGGAGAACACUGGCAACAACAAUCCCAUAUGCACUGUGAUUUCUAGCAUUCCAGCUGGUGUUUCCUCCACCUACAUUUGUAACGAUAUGGAGGGUCGAUACGUGAAUCUGAUCAUUCCUGGAGAUUCAAAAAUUCUUACCCUGUGUGAGGUGGAGGUCUAUGGAGAAGGUCCUUUACUGAAGAGAACUUUCCUGAAGAUGAAACUGAAGUCCAGUUGGAGUCUGUCUGAUCCUGCGGUGAGAGUCCAGCUCCUGUCACAGCUCCAGUCUGUUUUGGUGGAACGAGGGUUUUCUGACGUGACGCUGCAAUGGUCUCAACCGCCAGAACAGGAAGUGAUGCGGAAGGAAGCUGCACCAGUGCAGUUGAAGUCAGCGCUGGCUCUGAGAGGAAUCACUAAUGUGAAGCUGAGCUGGUCUCAAACCCCUGAAGAAGCAGUGAUCCUCAACGUAAAAAGAAUGCCUGCUGAAGAAGAUCUCUAG